CCAUUUAGAGGGGUCUUACCCCGUGUCGGAAGUUAAUGUGGUGGAGGUGGGGGUUAACGGAUGGGACGCAUUGCAGGAAUGCAUAGGCCUAAACAUUUACCAAAGAGGCUUCGUUUGGUCCGGCUCACAGAGCAUCACGAUAUCGCAUGCGGGAAUCUUCCAUGUGAACGACAACGGACUUAUUGGCCUUUUUAUGACGAACUGGAAGGUCCGCUGUUACAGUAACGCCAUCACCCCAUAACUACAAGAGAAAGCCAAACUAGGUGGAAGUAUUCUCUAGAUUUUAUCGCAGCAACCACCGACAAAUUUUGAUAGAACACCCUUCCACAGGCUGAUACAAUGGUCUCCAGCACGCGCCCAUUGACUCCUGGCGUUUAUGCGGCGACUCUGACUUUCUUCGAUCCGAAGACCCACGAGCUUGACAUUGAAUGCCUGAAGAAACAUCUCACCCACUUGGCUCAUGCAGGUCUGUCCGGCAUCAUCACUUUGGGGUCGAACGGAGAAGCAGCACACUUGAACAUCGAAGAACGAAAAAUGGUCACCCAGACCGUGGUAGAAGCAUUGAAAAGCUCAGGACACGGUCACUUGCCGGUGAUAGUCGGAUCAUCUGCACCUUCGGUGCGAGAGACCAUCUCUCUCUGCAAUGACGCCGCGGAAGUCGGAGGAACGCACGUCCUCGUUCUGCCUCCCUGUUAUUACAAGGCUGCAAUGAGCGAAGACACCAUCUACAAGUUCUACAUGGACGUGGCAGCUAGCUCACCGCUCCCAGUCGUCCUGUACAGCUUUCCGGCAGUGACUGCGGGCAUCGAGAUGAGUUCGGACCUUCUGAUUCGCAUUUCCAACGGACAUCCCAACAUCGUGGGCACGAAGUUUACUUGCGGUGAUUCCGGCAAGCUUGGACGAGUUGCCCGGGCCAUGGACGCCAUGACUCCUAGCAAGCCCCAGAAGCCCUACUGGGCGGUCGCAGGCCUGGCAGACUUCACACUCCAAGCGCUGGUGGCGAAGGGAUCUGGCGUUAUCGCAGGGGGGGCCAACGUCAUCCCAAAGACAUGCUGCAAGGUCUAUGACCUGUUCCAGAAGGGCAAAUUCGAAGAGGCCAUGGAGGUGCAGGCACUAUUAUCGGCAGGGGAUUGGCCACAUACCGCUGCUGGGAUAGGGGGUACAAAGCAAGUUUUGCAGCAGUUCUCUGGCUAUGGAGGCCUGCCCCGACCACCUCUGGGGGAAGUCUCCAGUGCAACAGCUGAGGCCUUACGCGAGGAGAUGCAAGAAGUGAUGGAUUUCGAAUCACGGCUCUGAGAGUAUAUGGACGCAUUGCGCGUUGCGCACAAAUGUCUUCAAGGUAGAUUGAUAAGAUACUGAUUUCAUGCAGAAUCAAGACGCCUUGCUCCUGCCAUAU